UCUUUAGUACUUUCCAGUAGUUUUUCCCCAACAACCCAGAAGAAAAGAUGUAUAGUUUGCUGGCUCCGCUACUCCUGCUCACAAUACUUUUCAGGACCAGCCAUCAAAAGGAUGACUUUAGUACCCCAAGUCCCGCCUGGUUGGAAUAUCAAAGGGAGAGAUUUGGUGGAAUAGCAUCCAAUGGAGUUCAUCCCUCCGUAAGCUCUACAAAUACACCUAUAAUGAAUGUGGCUACGCCAAAAGUAGAGACCACAUCCAGAAGGCAUUCCUCCAAUACCCCGGAGACCGAAAGUCAAGAAACUGGGGACAAGGAAUCUACGGAAGAGCCGCCGGAAGAAGGGGGAAUUGAGCUGCCCAGUAUGGAUGGUUUUCUAAAGUUUCUUAAAACCUUACAAAACACCUGGGCCAAAAAAUCGGCCCUUACCUUCGAGAAAAAGUUCAAGCUUUUGCAGAAUUUGCGAGACAAUCUAAUGAAACUUAUUGAACAACAAUUCGCGGUUCUGUGGCAGCCACCAGAGCGGAAAAGGCGACGACGACGUGGUUUGCUCGAUAGUUCGGAAAUAGAUUUUCCCCCCGAGGCGGCAAUCAUGACAAUCAACUUUCUUACAUUCGCAGUUUUCCUCAUAAAACUUGUAAUGCAGGUAAUAAAGACCGUUAAAAGCAAACAUUACAACUUUUCUGGAUUUACAAUAGUUCAGGAUACUCGCAGACGUCCGUAA